AGCGUGUUAUUCCCUCAGAGUAUGUAGAGUACGAAACACCAAGAUAACGAUUAUCGCCAUCACGUGAUCCGCGUCCGCUAGGGGUCUAGUGCGGUGCUCAACAUUUUCAUUCCACCCUUCUACUCCGAUACAGCAAAGGCAACGAUCACAGCUUCCUCUCCUCCUCCUCCACCUCCGCCACCUCCUCCCUCCGUCAACACUGCCACCCACCACAUCUCUCACGCGAUCUCACGGCACUCCCAAGAUGUUCAUGCAGUCAAUCCGUGCCGCCCGUGGCAGGUUCGCCCUCGCCCCGUCGUCGCAAUUCAAGUUGUUUGCCGCCAGGGCCAUCACCACCGAUGCUGCUAGUGCCAGUGUCGUAAAGGGCUCCGUGCCGAGUGAAGACGAUAAACCCUUCACAGUCAAGCUCUCUGACCAGUCGUUCGAGACUUACGAGUUGGACGGUCCUAGUAAUGAGUUGGAGAUCACCAAGAACGACCUUCGGCAAAUGUACUACGACAUGACGACUAUUCGUCGAUUGGAGAUGGCGGCCGACAAGUUGUACAAGGAGAAGAAGAUCAGAGGUUUCUGCCACUUGUCGACCGGACAGGAGGCCAUCGCCACGGGUAUCGAGCAUGCCAUCACUAAGGAGGAUGCUGUCAUCACCGCGUACAGAUGUCACGGAUUCGCCUACCUCCGCGGAUCAACAGUCAAGGCCGUCAUCGCCGAGCUGCUGGGACGCAAAGACGGAAUUGCCUUCGGAAAGGGUGGCUCCAUGCACAUGUUCUGCAAGGGCUUCUACGGUGGUAACGGAAUUGUCGGAGCUCAGGUUCCCAUUGGUGCCGGUAUCGCUUUCGCGAUGAAGUACCAGGACAUGAAGAACACUUGCUUCGCCCUCUACGGUGACGGUGCCGCCAACCAGGGUCAGGUUUUCGAGGCCUACAACAUGGCCAAGCUUUGGGACAUCCCCGCCGUCUUCGCAUGUGAGAACAACAAGUACGGAAUGGGAACCGCUGCCAGCCGUGCCUCGGCUCUCACCGAGUACUACAAGCGUGGACAGUACAUCCCGGGUAUCAAGGUUAAUGGUAUGGACGUUCUGGCCGUCAAGAAGGCGUCCGCUUUCGCCAAGGAGUACACGGCGUCCGGCAACGGCCCGCUCGUGAUGGAAUUCGUCACCUACCGUUACGGAGGCCACUCCAUGUCCGACCCCGGCACGACCUACCGCACCCGUGACGAGAUCCAGAACAUGCGUUCCACACAGGAUCCCAUCCAGGGUCUCCGCAAGGUCAUCCUCGAGUGGGGCGUCCUUUCCGAGGAGGAGCUCAAGCAGCUCGACAAAGAGGCUCGCGCUGCCGUCGACAAGGAGGUUGCUGAGGCCGAGGCGUCGCCCCCUCCGGAUGCGGACAUGAAGACGCUGUUCGCGGACAUCUACGUGCCCGGCAGCGAACCGAAGUGGAUGAGGGGGAGGACCGCCGAGGAGACCUACUACUAUUAAAAUGAGUAUAUGCACCCCUCGCUUUCCCCUCGUCGUCCAUUGCUGAUUCGUUUUGUUAUAGCUAGAGUGUUAGUGUAUAGUCUGUUGGGUUAAAGGGUUCUGUCCGUCGAUUGUCUGUUUCGUAUUGUCUCGGUUGCUGGAUUUCGUUGCUGUUGUUUUUUUUGGGUUUAAUCAUCUUUGCAUCCGACCUCUGUAGAUCAUCUCAGUUACAUGACCGUUUCCAUCCCAUUGUUUACAGCUGUUGGCCGCCAGCUCGAUAUGGGCUUCCCAUUGCCCUUCA